AUGGGAACCCUUUGUCUCUCUCUUGCUCUCCUCUUCCACCUCUGCUCUCCUGCACAAGCCCAAUGGUGGAGUUUCAUCUGGGCAAACCCAAAAGCCAGCUCAGAAUCCUCUCCUCCCUCCAUUCCUCCCUCUACCACCUCUUCAUCCAUCUCCUCCCCGGGCUUUUCUGACACCCCGUGGACGACAGGGCAAGUGGGAGUGAAGGACGGGAUGACGGAGGAAAGUGUGGAGGGUGGCACUCAGACAGAGGGGUCUGUACUGGCUCUUUCAGCCGGGCCUGGAGAGUUCCUCUCUGGCCUCAGCACUGCAGAACCUGGGAGGUUCUCUGCAGAGGAGAGUGCAGGUGCAGACAGCAAAACCAGGUCCCAAAACAAACCACUGAAACACUGGAAGAGUGAGCGAGGCUCGGGGGGGCAUCUGGACCUGACUGAGUUAAUUGGCGUGCCGCUCCCUCCCUCGGUCUCUUUCACUCCUGGAUAUGAAGGGUUUCCAGCUUACAUCUUUGGGCCCGAAGCCAACAUCGGCCGGCUCACCAAGACCUUCGUGCCGGGGUCAUUCUACAAGGAUUUUGCCAUCAUCGUCACGGUGCGACCGUCCAGUCCGAGGGGGGGCAUGCUCUUUGCCAUCACAGACGCCGGUCAGCAGGUGGUGGAGCUGGGUUUGGCCCUCACUCCGGUGCGGGGGGGCCUCCAGAGCAUCUUAUUGUACUACACUGACAGAGAGCAGGUGUCCCACAGCCACAAAGCUGCAGCCUUCAGUGUCCCCGACAUGACUGACCAGUGGACACGGUUCACGGUGGUGGUGGAGCACGAUGAGGUGCGUCUCUACAUGGACUGUGGAGAGGCAGAGAGGGCGACUUUCCAUCGCAGCCCGGAGAGACUCACGUUUUCUCACAACUCAGGCAUCUUUGUUGCUAACGCAGGAAACACGGGGCUUGACAAGUUUGUGGGCUCCAUUCAGCAGCUUGUGAUUAAAGAUGAUCCGAGGGUGGCUGAGGAGCAGUGUGAAGAUGAUGAUCCUUAUGCCUCGGGAUUCGCCAGCGGAGAUGAUGCUCUGGAUGACAGGGAGACGGAGGAGGAAAUGACCAAGAACAAACACGGCACGGCACAAGGGGAGGACAGCUAUCCAGUCAGAGCUCCUCCCACUGAGGCUCCGGAGGUGGAGCUUGAAGAGUUUUCUGGUCACAUGACACCAACAGAGAGCAAUGAAGAAAUUUUGUUAACAGGGCCACACCAGACAGAGGAGGCAGGAGAGAGAUCAGGAGACGGUCAUGUAAGGCCUGAGAUAAAAGGAGAGCGUGGAGAUCCCGGACCACCUGGACCACCCGGUCCCCCAGGACCGACCCCUCGACCUGGGCAAGCUCAUCCUGGAUCAAGGGGGACCCAAGGGCCAGCAGGGACCCCCGGAUCCACUGGACCACCAGGGAGAGAUGGACAGCAGGGAAACAAGGGUGAUACAGGAGACCCAGGUCAGAGAGGACCUCAGGGAUUUCCAGGUUUGGAUGGAGAAGCUGGACCAAGCGGAGACAAGGGUGACUCAGGAAUCGGUUUACCAGGCCCUCCAGGCCUCCCUGGGCCACCUGGACCCCCAAGAUCACGCAGUGUACCAUAUGGAGCAGAUGCUCUUGGUUCUGGCUUUGAAGACUUGGACAGUGACACUGAACUCAUCAGGGGUCCACCUGGCCCACCAGGGCCUCCAGGGCCUCCUGGUGCCUCUGGAUCUGACAUGUUACCUGACUCAGCUGAAGGCCUCCCCUCUGGUCACGAUGGCCCCUCUGGUGUCCCCGGCAGAGACGGGUCCACAGGCAAACCUGGAAUACCAAUGAUAGUGGAUUGGUUUAGUGGUUCUGGGCCCGAUGAGUCAGGUUUGAGCGCAGAGUGGUCCCCGGACCUCGGCUCAGACCUCGGCUCCGGUUUCAGUUCUGGGUUCACCUCUGAAUCCGGUUUGGCCUCUGGGUCUGGGCUUGUCUUCGGGUCUGCUUGGGGUUCAGGCGAGGGUUCAGCAGGAAAGGAUGGGGCUCCAGGUCUACAAGGAGCAGGGGGAGAGAAGGGUGACCAAGGGUUAACUGGGCCACCAGGGCCAAAGGGUGAAUGUGGCUCUCUGGGAACAGCAGGGCUCCCAGGGGCCGAUGGGCCCAGUGGCCCACAGGGGGAGAGAGGCCUAACAGGACCCCCAGGACUGCCUGGACCCCCCGGACCUCCAGCAACCAAAUUCUUUGUAGAGGAUAUGGAGGGAUCAGGGAAGAGUGACAUGCUCCUCGGAGCUGGAGUGAAAGGCCCACAGGGUCCUCCUGGCCGGCCUGGCCCACAAGGACCUGAGGGUGAGAACGGAGCCCCUGGAUCUCCAGGGCUCUCUGUCAAGGGUGAACCAGGAGACCCCGGAGCAGAGGGUAUCCAGGGUCCUGCUGGGCUACCAGGCGUUCGGGGGGUGAAAGGAGAAAAGGGAAAUCACGGACCAAUGGGCGAUCGAGGCGCUGAUGGACUCAGUAUCCAAGGAUCACCUGGGCCUCCUGGACCGCCUGGACAUAGUUUUAAUUUGCAGGAUCUGCUCCUCAACGUUACGGAUGGAAUUUUCAACUUCACAGAGAUCAGAGGACCACCAGGGCUCAUGGGCUCUGAAGGCUUGCCAGGCAGAGCUGGAUUUCCUGGCCCCAGAGGACCAAAGGGAGACAUAGGUCCUCAGGGUAUCGAGGGGCCUUCAGGACUGAAGGGAGAAAAAGGAGAGGCAGGAGUCACCAUUGCUGCUGAUGGAUCUAUCUUAUCUGCACCGAGAGGCCCCAAAGGGCCCAAAGGCAUAAAGGGUGACCAGGGGUACCAAGGACCAUCUGGAGUUAUGGGCCCAAUAGGACCUCCAGGACUAAAAGGAGAAUAUGGUUUCCCUGGUCGCGCGGGGCGACCUGGUUUGCCUGGAAGGAAAGGAGACCGAGGAGAAGCUGAAGGCCUGCAGGGACCACCAGGUCCCCCCGGCCCACCUGGAAUUCCAGGAAGAAUUAUUGGUCUCAAGGGAACAGUGUUCCCCGUGCGCCCCAGACCGCACUGCAAAAAGGGACUAGAGUCAGUGACAAGGGGAGACUCAGUUGGAGCUAAAGGUGACAAAGGAGAUGAGGGGAUUCCUGGAGAGCCAGGCACAUCUGAACCCUUUCUGGAUGGAAUUGUGGGUGCGAGAGGAAAUCAGGGCAACAAAGGUGAAAAGGGAGACAGGGGUGACACCCCUGGGCCUGGUCCUCCGGGAACGCCUGGCAGGUCAGGACUUGUGGGUCCAAAAGGUGAGUCCAUCGUUGGUCCUCAGGGUCCCGUAGGUCCUCCUGGCGUGCCUGGAGCCCCUGGGUUCGGACGCCCCGGCCCCCGAGGCCCCGCUGGCCCCGCUGGCCCCGCUGGCCCUCCAGGACCUGCACCUCCAUAUGGAUCUGGUAUCGUACCUGGCCCUCCUGGUCCUCCCGGUCCACCAGGUUCUUCAGGAUCUUCAGGAUCCGGCAACCUGGUGACCGUCUAUAAAUCCACCCACGCUCUGAUCAGAGAGAGUCAACGGGCUCCAGAAGGAACCCUGGCCUAUGUUUCUGAGAGAGGAGGAGAGCUGUACAUCAAGCGGCGGAACAGCUGGCGCAAGAUCCAGCUUGGAGAGUUGCUCCAUCACGGACCUUCCUCCUCAGCAGAGUCUCAGACGCUUAGCGUACCUGGAGAAUAUAGCAGACCACACAGGAGCCACAGCCAGGAGUUGCAGGAUGGCGGUAGAGGAUAUCAGCCGAGCUUUAACGUACUACCCCAGACCUUUAAUGCUGUUCCUGGGCUCCAUCUGGUAGCACUGAACUCGCCUCUGAAAGGGGAUAUGCGUGGUAUCCGGGGGGCCGACUUCCAGUGCUACCAGCAGGCGCGCUCCGUGGGACUGACGGCCACGUACAGGGCCUUCCUGUCCUCACACCUCCAGGACCUGUCCACCAUCGUGAGGAAGGCGGACCGCAACGACAUGCCAGUGGUUAAUCUCAGGGGUGAAGUGUUGUUCAGUAGUUGGAUGUCCAUCUUCUCUGGGAAUGGAGGAACAUUUAAUCCAUCCACUCCCAUUUACUCCUUUGACGGACGCAACGUUAUGACUGAUUCAUCAUGGCCAGAGAAGCUGGUGUGGCACGGCUCCAGCACCGUGGGAAUCCGUCUGACCCACAACUACUGCGAGGCGUGGAGGACAGGCGACAUGGCGGUGACGGGCCAGGCCGCGCUGCUGCAGACGGGACGACUGCUGGGGCAACACACCCACUCCUGCUCCAACCCCUACGUCGUGCUGUGCAUAGAGAACACAUAUGUGGGCAACACACAUCUGAGGAGGACCUGA